GUUUCUAGGUUUAUUUGUUUCUACUUUCUACUGCUGCUGCAAAUCUAUAAUAUAUUUCUAUCUUUUUGUUUCGUUUAAAAUCGAUACAUGAUCAAAGUAUAAUAUUUUUUAAUAUCCUACAGACGUUAAGAUUAUUUAAGAUGACCUCAGCUUCAUCUAGCAGCGCUCGCUCCUUGUUCGCCGAAUCGAAACAACGGCUAGCAGAGCGAGUACAAGUAAACAUGAACAAUAUUUCUUCACUAACACGCCAAAUUCAGCGAGGAUCUAGAUCUAACGAGCUCUUGACGAAAGCUGCCCGUGAGUUCGUAGCGACAGAGAACAUUAUGGAGGGCGCCGAAGAGAACCUUAAGAAGAUGCACCUGAUUGGAGUCCAUAUGGGGUACCAGUUUGAGAAUAUUCACAAAUCAGCACAAGUCUUAGCCGAGAUUAAUGAGCAGGUGGCAUCCAUGCACAGAUGACCUUCAAGUUUUGAUUAG